GAUUAGGCAGUCAAUUUAUGGCAGGGUCUAUACAUUGCUUGUAUCCCGAUGAUAAAAAAUCAUCAAUAAAUUCGUAGCUGAUGUACUCAAGAACACGAAGCGUAUCAUAGCACUUUAUUAAUAAUACAUUAUUCUUCAGUGUUUGGAUGCUUAAAACGGAUGGCCUUGUUGUCAGAUCCUAUGUUAAAUGAGGACAUAUAGCAGAACAUAUCUGCUUUUAUAGGAAAGUCUUUCUGUGGAGAAGUAAGGAAUAUUGACAAUGGCAACUGAGGAUAAAGACGGAAGACAGCCUCGGGUUGUUGCUAUUGCUAUAGAUAAUAGUGAUUAUGCAGAAAAAGCUUUUGAUUGGUACUUAGAAAAAAUAAGACGAGAUGAUGACGUCAUUGUUCUUAUUCACAUUCCGGAGUCCUAUGACUUUUCUUUGGCUAGAGAGUGGUCGCCCGUGACUCUUCAGAAGGAAGCGUUCGAUUUCACAAUACCAAGUCCAGGUGUUAUGAGACAACUCUUGGAUGAAUUAGAGAAAAGCGUGAAGGCAUUAGAGGAUAAAUUCGCUGAAAAAGUCAAGGCUUACGGGAUUGAUGGGAAGUUUCGCACUGGCGCAGGAAAACCAGGGGAGGCUAUCAUAAAAAUAGCAAAAGAAGAGAAUGCUACAAUGAUAAUCACAGGCACGAGAGGACUGGGAAAGAUUCGUCGGACUGUGCUUGGUAGCGUGAGUGAUUACGUCAUACACCACUCACCUGUGCCUGUUCUUGUAUGUCGAAUGUGAUUUACUUACCUGAAAUGUUCACUCAUCUUCAGAAUAAACUGUUUGUCAUCACUGUCUUAAUCAGUUUUUUCCGUAUUUUAUUGUUAUAUUUUUUCUUGAUUCCAACAAUGAAUUAAAUACAUGUAAGUCAAAUGAUAUGCUUUAAUAAACAUUCAAAUAAUGA